AUGAACCGUAAAAGACAAUUCGUCCGUACCUGCAAAAAGCAUGGAUUGAACGUUCAACCAGCAGCCUUGCAAUCCAUGAUAGAAGAAGUGAAUAACGAGGAAUCCUUGUUGCAAAGCUUGAAAUGGAUCAAUCAAAAUCUUCCUACCGGCAAACCAAAGAUUGUGUCGCCAGAACUGUGGAAGCAGGCUUUUGAGGCUUGCAUUGCACCACCGCCUACCUGCAAGAAAAGCACUGCUAUUGAAAGAAAGUCACGUCCUUCGGCGGGGUUGGACAAUAAAUUGGUGGAAUAUGUUUCGGCGUUUGAAAUGCCAAGAUUAAUGUACGACUCCUUGCGUCAACAAUUUUACUUUUCCGACAAGAAGAGACCUCCUCUCUUUGGAACGGCGCAAGACAAGGUCGACAUGAUGACACAGCGUUAUAUGCUCAUUCAUCAACGUGUCGUCCGUCAAAUGAACACACCUCUCACAACGAUUGAUUUGUUGCUGGGGUCCACCGGCUCGAGAUCGCGCAAGACCCAGGUUCUCUUGGGAAUGCUCCACUAUCACCCCGAAGGCCUCGAAUUGGAAGACCUGACAGGGACUAUUGUCUUGAAGGGUCUUGAUCAAGCUAACAUUCAAAAGAGCGGCUUUUACUCGGAAGGGACCAUUGUCAUGGUAAAUGGACAGCAUGACAGUGGUUACUUUUUUGUGGAGCGAAUGGGCUUUCCCAUGUUGGAACCCAAAGCUGAAACAGCUCCAUAUUUGCCUCCCAGAAAGAGGUUUGUUGGCAGAGAUAGCGAUCAGCCAUUGAUCAUUUACAGCAUGUCCAACAUUGAAUUGGAUGAUUCCGAAAAGCGCAAGACCUUGGAAGAGUUGAUUGAUCAGAUUGCGGACGAACCAAGGGAAGCCCUUUUGGUCUUGUUUGGAAAUUUUUCCACCACAUCAUUGUCUCUUUCGGGUGCAUUGGACGAGCUGGCAAGCAUGCUCGAAGAAAUGCCGCCAAAUAUUUCUGUGGUGGUUCUACCAGGUCCAAAAGAUACUCCAUCGCAAUGCUGGCCUUUACCAGCCAUGAAAUCACAUUCGUUGUCUCGUCUUCCUCGAGUCCAACUUGCCAGCAAUCCGUGCAAGAUUCGCUAUGCGGAUAAGGAAUUGGUGUUGGUCCGCAAGGAUUUAAUUCGAGACCAUCUCCACAGUCAAGUCUUGAACAUUUCUGGCUCCACGAGCAGUCUGGCAUCACGAGUUUUCAACACCACGUUAAGUCAGGGACAUAUUAUGCCGCAGACGCCAAUUUAUUGGAACUAUGAUCACGCAAUGCAUUUGUACCCGUUGCCAGAAUUGAUUCUUAUGGCAUUGGAUAAUGGUGAGGAACCUGUCAAGUUUUCAAGAGACGGUUGCCACAUUGUCAGCCCUGGCGAGCAAUGGGCCAAGGUUUCCAUGUCAAGAAAUGGACAGGCACAUGUGCAGUUCUCUCAAGACAAGCUUGACGAAUCAUCGGACGAGGACCUCUAG